UUUUUUUCUGUCUGAGUAUGUACACCAGAUAGAAGGCACGUAAUGCAAGGUGAGGCAAGGCGAUCGGCAGCAUCAACCAGAACCGUUCGAUCAUCAGCUGUCUUCAGCUUCAGAGUCCACCAUGGCUCCUGAUGAGUUUCCUGGCGGGACAGUGGUGGCCUGUGUGAUCCUGGGCCUGUCGUUCCUGGUGGGGGUCCCGGGGAACCUGCUGGUGAUCUGGACCAUCCUGAGGCACGUCCAGCAGCGCUCCCACACCGUGGUGCUCAUCCUCCACCUGGCUGCUGCAGACCUGCUGGUGCUCAUCACCCUGCCCCUGUGGAUCUACUCCCUGGCCCGCUCCUGGGUGUUCGGGGAGGCAUCCUGUAAGGCCAUGGUGUACGUCAUCAACACCUGCAUGUACAGCAGCGUCUUCUUCAUCACCCUCAUGAGCGUCGAGCGCUUUGUAGCUGUGCGACACCCCUUUGCCUCAGCCGGCUGGAGGAGAAAGAAGGCCUUGAAUAAAGUUAUUCUUGUUCUGUGGGCUGCUGCGUUCCUAUUCAGCACCCCGGUCUUUCCCACCCAGGUGGUGGAGGGGGACCCUGGGGAGGAGCAUUGCCUGUACAGGGACUACACCUCAGACGGCCAGGAGGCAGUGUGUGUUCUACUGGAGACGCUGGUGGGCUUUGCUGUCCCCUUUUGCAUUCUUGUGGUCUGCUACAGCUGUCUCUACAGCCGCAUCGCACAGAUUACCUUUAAGUCCAAGCGUAAGUCCAUGGGGUUGAUUGCAAGCAUGGUAGUGGUGUUCGCAUUAUGCUGGACCCCUCACCACAUCGGCAACGUGCUCUCCCUCGUCAUCCUCACCAUCAAAGGGUCCCACCGAGAGACCGCAGCGCGUAUAGAGAGCGUCAGAACCACCAUGACUUUCAUUGCUGGAGCGCUCGUGUUCAUCAGUAGUUCGGUCAACCCUUUGCUCUAUGUGUUUGUGGCGCGUACGUUCCGGAGUUCCCUGAGGGAGACAGGCAUUCAGAAAUUGUUCUGGCACAUCUCAAGCACAGCUCCCGGAGAGGGGACUAAAGAACUGUUCUUUGUGACCAAGAGACCAAGCAUCUCUCAGACACAGAGCCACAGCUCCCAGUGUGUCACAGAGCCUAAGGAACAAAUGGAUGUACUUGUAAAUAUAUGUGAAAAUGUUUCUUCCUGAGAUUGAAAAUGAUGUUUAUCACAUGUUUUUGAUAAAGAUGUUUGUGUGUAAAUUACAAAGUUUGAUUUGUCACAUUGUUUCUAUAUGUUAAUUAACUUAAAAUGUAGAAUAGCAAUUGUUAGUAAUGUCUAUGUCAAACAUGAUGCAUAUAAAAACAUUAAAAUAGGUUCUGUAUAUCAUUUUACCUGUAGUGAAUUUGAAUUAACAUUUGAAAUACUUUUUAACAUUUACACAUUUUUCUAUGUAGGCCCCACUGUGUUAGACACAUUUUUCUAUGUAGGCCCCACUGUGUUAUACCACAACUGAAAAAUGUGUCUAAUGCUCAUUUCAUGCUCAAAUGUUUUUAUAUUCCAUGUGCCACAGAAGAAAGAGCUUCAAAGAAAAAAAGAACAUAGUGUCACUGUAUACGUUUGUCUGAAGCUAUAUGAAAUGAGUAUAAUGACUGAGUGUACUGUAUGUAUUCAGCUGCUUAUCUUGAGGCCUUGCCUCAAUACAUUUAUUUUAGACCCUCCUGACCUGGAUAGAAUAUAUUUCACCCACAGCUUUAGCCUUCAUGAUAACGGCAACCACAGAUAUCAGCCUCUUCCUGUCAUACUGAGCUUUCCAACUGUCUUCAUACUGAUAAUUUCAUUGUUAUAGUUGAAGUCAAUGAACAUGUGUAUGUACCCCAUGCCAUAUUUAUUUAUAUAUUUUAUUUAACCUUUAUUUAACUAGGUAAGUCAGUUAAGAACAAAUUCUUAUUUAUAAUGACUGCCUACCCCGGCUGAACCCGGACAACGCUGGACCAAUUGUGCGCCGCCCUAUGGGACUCCCAAUCAUGGCCGGAUGUGAUACAGCCUGGAUUCAAACCAGGGACUGUAGUGACACCUCUUGCACUGGGAUGCAGUGCCUUAGACCGCUGCACCACUCGGAAGUCCUUUAUGCAUUUAUUAAAUAAAAUAAUACUUAUUUAAAAAAAUAUCGCUUAAAAAAAUGUGUUGAAAGUGUUUCAAAGACCAUUUUUAACUGGGAUGGUUCAAGCCCUGAUUGCUGAUUGGCUGACAGCCAUGGUAUAUCAGAUCGUGUACCAUGGGUAUGACAAAACAUCUAUUUUUACUGCUCUAAUUACGUUGGUAACCAGUUUAUAAUAACAAUACGGCACCUCGGGGUUUGUGAUAUAUGGCCAAUAUACCACGGUUUAGGGCUGUGUCCAGGCACUCCACAAAGCGCCGUGCUUAAGAACAGCCCUUAGCCGAGGUAUAUUCACCAUAUACCACACCUCAUUGUACCUUAUUGCUUAAUUAUAAGUUUUACAAAAAUGUUUUUUUUCAGUCAGAAAGUAUAAAUUCUCUAGUUCUGUUGUUCCAGGUCUACACGAAACAUCUGUUCUGCGACAGCACGAGUCAUGCUUUCAACUUCCCUCUCAUCUACGGAGAUUGCAACAUGAAAACCUGCCUUGUGUCCCCUUUGACCAUUGACAAAAUGAGGAAUUGUGUACUACUCUUUGGCACAGUCAUAUUGGAGAGAAAACUACAUUGUUUUUGUUGGGCUAGGGGGUUUCCUAUGUCAGCUAAAUCUAGUUAAACAUUUUAUUCAAAUAGAUACAUUUUAUUUUCAUCAAUAUCAUACUAUUGAUUGUAAAUGAUGAUCCAUCAGUCCUUAUAGUCCAAUAGGAGGCAGUGUACCUAUUUUCCAAUGACUGUGGAAUUCUGACACAUUCACAGGUCAUUGUUCUCUCUCUCCAUUUAAUAGCACAGUUUCUAUAUAACUUUUAAAUCAACUGAAAAUAAACCCGCCUAAAAGAUG